AUGCAAGUUGCUCGACCGGGAGUGGUUCGCCCACCCACGGCAACCUCAGCCACGACUUUCGGAGGAGCUUCACGAAGAAGUCUGCCGUCGUUGAGGAGAAGGGAAACGAAGCUGGCACAGAAGCAGGCGCAUCCUUGGCAACAUUUGGGUCUCACGCUCGGACUGCCCAUGGUCAUCCUCUUCGAUCUCGUCGUCCCCUGUAUCGUCUACUACGUCUGGUACAUCCACACGGGCCGACAAUGGAGAAGACGUUGUGACGAAGAACACCCAAACGAAGUCUGCCCAACACCGCGACCACAAUACAACAGCGAGAUCCUCGGCUAUGCCAUCAUCUGUUUUGGGUUUGGAGAGAUCUGGAUUCUCGGCGCUCGAGUUCACAGACUCUUUUUCCAUCAGGAGGAAUGUGCGCCGCUGCUGUCCCGCAGUAGAUAUGAGCUGGACGCCACAUCUUGGGUAUACGGAGUUGCCGUCCUGUUGGCUUUGAUUCCAUUUGUGAUUGGAGCAGAGGCGGAGAUUCCAGAGCUAUACCUCUACGCUCCAGCUUUCAUCAUGGUGUUUUUGAUGAUCCUGAUGAUCAUCACCACUUUGAUCCCCAUCAAACUCCCCAUCGGCAUCAACUCGCAGGCUCGUGGAUCGAGGAUACGACCUUUUAUCUACUAUGCCGCCGAGGACUUUGUCGCUGUUGAUGGACUGCAGGACAGGGAGUUCCGAGUGCGAUACAACGAGCGAUAUGAGACGAACAGGAUGUUCCGAAGGUUCUUCCUCUACCUGACGUUGUGGUGGAUCCUGGGUACGAUUGUUUACAUCGGGUGUUUGUCGGCUGUGAUAUGGAACUGCGAGUUCCACGUGGCAUUCGGGCUGUCGUUCGGUGUGUUGUUCAGCUAUAUCGUAGUGUGGGCGGGCACGACGUUUCUAUGGGUUAAUUGGGAGAUGAAGCGGGAGCAUCGAGCUUACGAGAAUGACGAGAUAGAGCCGUGA